AUGUCUGAAGUUAGUCAAACCCACCCCGCGAUCAAGGACGGCUGGUUCGCUGAAAUCCUGGACACGAUGUGGCCCGGUCAGGCCAUGUCGUUGAAGGUGGACAAGAUCUUGUACCAGGGCAAGUCGAAGUACCAAGACGUCCUCGUGUUCAAGCUGGAAACCUACGGCAACGUCCUCGUCCUCGACAACUGCAUCCAAGUCACCGAACGUGACGAGUUUGCCUACCAAGAAAUGAUCACUCACUUGGCGAUGAACUCCCACCCUAACCCCAAGAAGGUGUUGGUCAUCGGUGGUGGUGACGGUGGGGUGUUGCGGGAAAUGUUGAAGCACAAGUCGGUCGAAGAAGCGUGGUUGUGCGACAUUGACGAAGACGUCAUCAAGGUCUCGAAGCAAUUCUUGCCUGAAAUGGCCAAGGCCUACGACGACCCCCGCGUCAAGGUUCACAUUGGCGACGGCUUCAAGUUCUUGGACGAAUACAAGAACACCUUCGACGUCAUCGUCACCGACUCGUCUGACCCUGAAGGUCCUGCUGAAUCGUUGUUCCAAACACCUUACUUCCAAUUGUUGCACGAUGCGUUGACCGAAAACGGUGUCAUCACCACCCAAGCGGAAAACAUCUGGUUGCACAUGCCCAUCAUCAAGAAGUUGAAGGCUGACUGCAAGACCAUCUUCCCGGUGGCUGAGUACGCCUACACCAUGAUCCCCACCUACCCUUCGGGUUCGAUUGGGUUCAUGGUGUGCUGCAAGAACAAGAACACCAACGUGCGGGAACCGGUGCGGUUCGACUGGGACCCUGAGUUCGUCAAGGCUAACUUCAAGUACUAUAACGAGUCGAUCCACAAGGCUUCGUUUGUGUUGCCUCAAUGGGCUGACGCUGAACUCAACUCGGAAUGA